UUAGUAUUGAAAGAACAGUCGGGCAAGAAAGUUGGGGCGCAGCAAAAUCGAGCCAGACAAACUAACUAGAGAUCUGGCCCACAAGAAAGCAGCAACUCUGAGAUAAACAAACUGAAAAAAAAGGAAGCAGACGAAAAAGCACAGUCAAAAUGCCCGUCUUCCACACAAAAACCAUCGAGAGCAUAUUAGAUCCUGUCGCCCAGCAGGUAUCUCGCCUGGUCAUCCUGCAUGAGGAGGCCGAGGAUGGCAACGCAAUGCCCGAUCUCAGCCGGCCGGUGCAGGUGGUGUCGGCGGCGGUGGCCAAUCUGGUGAAGGUGGGCCGCGAGACGAUCAACAGCUCCGACGACAAGAUCCUGCGCCAGGACAUGCCGUCGGCAUUGCACCGCGUGGAGGGUGCCUCGCAGCUGCUGGAGGAGGCGUCCGACAUGCUCCGCUCGGAUCCGUACUCGGGUCCGGCGCGCAAGAAGCUGAUCGAGGGGAGCCGCGGCAUCCUGCAGGGCACCUCCUCGCUGCUGCUCUGCUUCGACGAGAGCGAGGUGCGCAAGAUCAUCCAGGAGUGCAAGCGGGUGCUGGACUACCUGGCCGUGGCGGAGGUGAUCAACACGAUGGAGCAGCUGGUCACGUUCCUGCGCGACCUCUCGCCCUGCCUGAGCAAGGUGCACCGCGAGGUGAGUGGCCGCGAGAAGGAGCUGACCCACCAGGUGCACAGCGAGAUCCUGGUGCGCUGUCUGGAGCAGGUGCAGACCCUGGCGCCCAUCCUCAUCUGCAGCAUGAAGGUCUACAUCCACAUUGUGGAGCAGCAGGGACGCGGCGCCGAGGAAGCGGCCGAGAACCGCAACUACCUGGCGGCCAGGAUGAGCGACGAGCUGCAGGAGAUCAUACGGGUGCUGCAGCUGACCACCUACGACGAGGACACCAGCGAGCUGGACAACCUCACCGUGCUGAAGAAGCUCUCCAAUGCCAUCUCCAACAAGAUGGAGCUGGCCAACGAGUGGCUCUCGAAUCCCUACGCCCUGCGCGGCGGCGUGGGCGAGAAGGCGCUGCGCCAGGUGAUCGACAAUGCCGCGGAGAUCUCAGAGCGCUGUCUGCCCCAGGACUCGUAUCCCAUCCGCAAGCUGGCGGACGAGGUGACGGCCAUGGCCAACACGUUGUGCGAGCUGCGGCAGGAGGGCAAGGGUCAGAGUCCGCAGGCCGAGUCGCUGGCCCGCGGCAUCCGCGACCGGCUGGGCCAGCUGCAGUCGCUGGUCCACCAGGCGGUCCUGGGCGUGGACAAGGCUGGGGUCCAGCAGACGGCCCACACCAUCCAGGGUCGCCUGGAGCAGGCCGUCAAGUGGCUGCAGCACCCGGAGAUCAACGACGGCGGCCUGGGCGAGCGGGCCAUCAACCUGAUCGUGGAUGAGGGCCGCAAGGUGGCCGAGGGCUGUCCGGGCCACCAGAAGGCCGAGAUCCAGCAGCUGUGCGACGAGGUGGAGCGGCUUAAGCGCCAGGCGGCCGGAUCCGGGCCGGCGGCCAAGCAGGCGGCCAAGCAGCUCACCCAGAAGCUCUACGAGCUGAAGGCGGCCAUCCAGAAUGCCCUGGUCAACCGCAUUGUGCAGGACUUCAUGGACGUGAGCACGCCGCUGAAGCAGUUCACGGAGGCGGUGCUCCAGCCGGAGGGCACGCCCGGUCGCGAGCAGAACUUCAAUCAGAAGUCCAACAAUCUGCAGGCCUUCAGCGACCGCGCCUCGAAGACCUCGCGUAUGGUGGCCGCCGGUGGGGCCUGCGGCAACAAGAAGAUCGCCGAGAUCCUGCUCUCCUCCGCCGCCCAGGUGGACUCGCUGACGCCCCAGCUGAUCAGCGCCGGGCGUAUCCGGAUGAACUACCCGGGCAGCAAGGCGGCCGACGAGCACCUGCAGAACCUCAAGCAGCAGUACGCGGACACGGUGCUGCGCAUGCGCACCCUCUGCGACCAGGCCACCGACCCGGCCGACUUCAUCAAGACCUCCGAGGAGCACAUGCAGGUCUAUGCCAAGCUCUGUGAGGAUGCCAUCCACGGCCGGCAGCCGCAGAAGAUGGUGGACAACACCUCGAACAUCGCCCGCCUGAUCAACCGGGUGCUGCUGGUGGCCAAGCAGGAGGCGGACAACUCGGAGGACCCCGUCUUCACGGAGCGCCUCAAUGCGGCCGCCAAUCGGCUGGAGCGGUCGCUGCCCGCCAUGGUGGGCGAUGCCAAGCUGGUGGCCACCAACAUUGCCGAUCCGGCGGCGGCCGCCGCCUGGAAGAACUCCUUCCAGCGGCUCCUCGGCGAUGUGCGCGAGGUGCGGGAGGCGAUUGCCCCGCCGCAGCCGCCGCCGCUGCCCACCUCCCUGCCGCCACCCAUUCCGGAGCUGAGUGCCCUGCAUCUGUCCAACCAGAAUGCUGAGCGUGCGCCACCACGUCCUCCACUGCCCAGGGAGGGAUUGGCGCCAGUGCGUCCGCCGCCGCCGGAGACGGAUGACGAGGACGAGGGCGUCUUCCGCACGAUGCCGCAUGCCAAUCAGCCGAUCCUGAUCGCCGCUCGUGGCCUGCACCAGGAGGUGCGCCAGUGGUCGUCCAAGGACAACGAGAUCAUCGCGGCCGCCAAGCGCAUGGCCAUCCUGAUGGCCCGCCUCAGCGAGCUGGUGCUCUCCGACUCGCGGGGCAGCAAACGGGAGCUGAUCGCCACCGCCAAGAAGAUCGCCGAGGCCUCCGAGGACGUGACGCGGCUGGCCAAGGAGCUGGCCCGCCAGUGCACGGACCGCCGCAUCCGCACCAACCUGCUGCAGGUGUGCGAGCGCAUCCCCACCAUCGGCACCCAGCUGAAGAUCCUGUCCACCGUGAAGGCCACCAUGCUGGGUGCCCAGGGAUCCGACGAGGAUCGCGAGGCCACCGAGAUGCUGGUGGGCAAUGCCCAGAACCUCAUGCAGAGCGUGAAGGAGACGGUGCGCGCCGCCGAGGGAGCUAGCAUCAAGAUCCGAUCGGACCAGACCAGCAAUCGGCUGCAGUGGGUCCGCCGGCAACCCUGGUACCAGUACUAGGUGACUGGACGCAGUACUAGAUUAUGGAGAAGUGCUGGGGGCUGGGGCAAGGCCAUCUGUUCCGACCACCCACCCAUAUGCUCCAAAUGCCACCUGCCACGUGCCUUGUGUAACAUACAUAAAGCUAAACUCUAAUCUUAAUGAUUUCUAUUUUAAAUGUUAAUCCCCUAAUAUGUUCCAUCUAAAAUUCAGUUAUGUAAGUGCCUGCCUGCAAUUAUAUUUAUUAUGUGCUCCAAAAAAAAACUUAUGCUCAUGUCCCGCCCCAUUCUGUUCCCUUUUCCGUUCUCCUACUCUAAUUUUGUUUCGAUAUUUGUAAAAUUAAUUAUUAAGCGUGCAAUAAAAACAAAAAAGAGAAAAACCAUGAAAAAAAGGAUAGAGAAGAAAGAAACUGGAAAGCAAUAUGUACAUACAAGCAAAGCAGUCUGAUUUAAGCGAAUGCAAUGUAUAUAAUAAGUGACCGACCAUAUGCAGUGGGCUAACGCUUCGAUUUUUGAUUUUAAAUCACCACCUCCUUCGUAUUUGUAGUGUACUAACAGAAGCAUUUAUCGAACCCCUCGUUAAACGUUAAAGUCCAAUUAUUGUUCGAAAUCUAACUCACUAAAACUGCGAAUACACCUGUUGUCGAAUGUGUUGAGCCCAAACAUGUAACCCAAUUACGAUGUGUGUCAUGUUCAAAAUAUAAUUGAAAUAAAACAGAA